UGCGAACGGAGUGGCAUCGUAGUACCCUUUUUUCCCCGGACCACGGCAACAACGCAGCAGUGAAGGAUAAAACCGACCGCGAAAACAACCAUUUUCCAGUUUGCGACCGCCGCCGGAGAGAGCCUUCUUCGCCGCAAGGAUUGCGAUGCGGGAGCCCCGGGUUUGACCGCAGACCGUGCGUCCGUGUGAACAGAGUGUCCUCGCCGUGCGUGAAGUGUGGAGUGUCCUCGUGCUGCAAAAUGUCGUCCACCAGCGAACAGCCGUGCGAGAGGCAGCUGGCGGCCGAGAUCGAGGCGCUGAAGGGUGCGCUGGCGGACAAGCACUCGCAGCUGCUGGCGAUGGAGAGCGCCUGCCUGCAGGAGAGCGACCGGCAGGUGGAGCUCGAGGACAGCAUCAUCGCGUGGCAGGACAAGUACGAGCGGCUGUACGAGUCGCACAAGCGCGUCCAGAAGCUGAACCAGAACCUGGAGGACAAGCUGCUGAAGCUGGUCGACCGGAACUCGGGCGAACGGGCCCAGCUGACUGGCGACGUGGCGACGCUCAGUGUCCGGCUGGCGCAGGCCAACUACAACAUCCAGAGCCUCAAGCGCGAGAUAGAACGCUACAAGACCGACAUCAGUGUGGCCAUCCAGCUGCUGCAGUGUAAGCCGGACAGCUUCGUCUCGCCAAAACUUUCCUCGCUUCCGAUCGAAAUUCAGUCAAAGGUCGCCACUUACAUGCGGCUCGAGACCAACUCGCACUCGGACUCGGAGGGCAGCACGAGCGGGGUCGGCGUGGCCACCGCCAACGCCUACCACGUCCUGCCGGCCUCCGACAGCCCUCCGCCGCUCUGCCCCUUUCCCCCCACCGCCAUGGUUUAUUCCAUGCGAGGGCUCGGUAAGUGUUAG